CUGUUUGCAAUCUUCUACAUGUCGACAUCCAGUUAUCCCUGGCUUCCUUCAGAUGUUAAUCUUGAUGCCUCUCUUAGCACAUCCCCCUGUUCCACACACAAUAUUAAUGUAUCACACUUGGCCAAAAAGGGGUUCGUGACAAAUUUGUCAUUGACAUUUUGAGUUCUUUUUAGGAAAUAAAUAAUUGAAAAUAUCUAGAAGUAGUCCUACCUCAGGCUAUUAGUCCAUUUUUUAAAAGAUGGAAACUGGUAUCUUGGCUCACACCUGUCAUUUCACUUAGAAUGCUGACGCAGGAUGGUUCCAUGAAGUACAGCUCAGUCAGUAGUACAUUGCAAAUCUGGGCCAGUUUAGACUACAGUGUGAUAUCCUGUGCACAAAUAAAUGAGCAAAUGGAUUAAAAAGGGUAGAAUGCAGCCUUUCUGAAUGAUGAGCUCAGAAUUUGUUUUAUCUUGGUACAUUGCAGUUGGUGUGUCAAGACCAUUAGUACUCACCUGGAGGAAGGGCAUUGUCAUGACUGAACACAGGGCUAAGAAUUUGAUGAUUUUACAUUCACAUAUGUAUGUAUUUAUUUGUUCUGGGUGGUGCAUGCAUUUUCACACAUGCAGCAAGUUGGGAAGUGAUUCUUUAUGCAACAGUGCACUUUUCGAGUUCAGAGUAGAAUGUGCAGGAGUUGGUACUCUAUAGAUUCCAAGAGAUUAACCCUAAUCAUUAGGUUUGGAUACAGGUACCUUGAAGCAGUCUUGCUGGCACAGGAAUUCUACUCUCAAAUUUCUUCUUGGCAUCUAUAAACAAAGUGUCAGUAAAAAAAUAAAGAUUGACUAUGGUGUUUUUACCUGAUUGACGUACAACUUACACAAGUGAAAGUCACAAUUCUAAACUGUUUCACCAUUCACAUCACUUUAUUUUGCCAUCACUGCUCUAAUUCUGAAAGUGUAGGAUUAGGUGAGACCCUGUCUUUCAAAACAAAAGUUUUCAGGUUGUGUUGGCACACCACUGUGACUCCACUAUAGGCAAUGGGACCUGGAAGAAAGGAAUGGAUGAAUGAUGUGGACUACAAUCUCAUUUAAUAGCCACCUUUAGUCAUAGCCCCAGACAAUUUAAACUGAGGGAUAAGGAAGGUUACAUGUGUAAAGUUCUCACGAGUUCAAGCUGUAUACAAUCACCAGCACAAUUCAGAUAUGGAAAACACAUUUUUCCAUAGAGGCAUAGACAUUUAAUUAAAUAACAGCAGCAAGCACAAAUAAAUGAGCAAUCUGAAGUAAAAGCACUCCAGUCCUUAUACAGAAGGCCGGAAAGUGUUAGUAUUUUGGCUUCCAAUGUGCAGCUGCAAGGUGUGAGCAAUCCCAGAUAUGCCUCAUUGAAAUUGUUGAUGUGUGGUGAACACCAAUUAGGUGGUUUAAAUUUAACCUGGAUGGUCUAGGGGCCCUUUCAUCUGUGAGGCAGGAGAAUCACUCCACUGCACAUUGUUUAAUGAUAUGUGUUUGCUUGAGACUCUGGUUUUUUUGUUUGUUUUGUUUUAUUGUGUGCCCUGGAGGAAGAAAGGGAAGUGCCUACUGUGUGCAGUUAUAGUGCAGGGACAACUUUGCAGUCCAGGUGUAAAUUCUGCUGCAAUGCCCAUCUCUGCAGGUCUGGGACAGUCUUUCUGCCUGGAGUGGAAGCCAGGGCUGGGGAGCAUUGUGUGCUGUGUCCCUUCACUGCAUUCUGUCCCUAAGAGAGCAGCUCCUGUCACUCAGUCAUCACUAGCCAAUGAGAGCCUCCAGAUGUACCCAGCAGUUAUAAUAGGGGAGGGCACUUCCGGUCCACGGUGAUACCAGCUUGGAGUCCUGGGACUGAGGGAGGAUCUGUUGGUUUUGGGUGCUGGGCUGUGAUCCCGCUGCCUGGAGCUGUGAGAACUGUCUGAGCUUGGAAUCUAUGCCAUGGUUCGAACCCGACCACUACCCUAUGCUCCAAUGCAGCAGAUGGAGAAAAAUGUGGAAGCAGCAGCAGGCUCACAGGAUAUAGUGACCUAUGAGGAUGUGCAUGUGAACUUCACUCAUGAAGAGUGGGCUUUGCUGGAUUCUUCCCAGAAGAGACUCUACAAAGAAGUGAUGCUGGAAACCUACCGGAACCUCACUGCUAUAGGUUACAAAUGGGAAGACCGCAAUAUUGAAGAACAUUGUCAAAGUUCUAGAAGACAUGGAAGGUUUAUCAUCUGUCACUCUAGAUACAAGCCAUGUGAUCGUGAUGGAUAUGGAAAGAAGCAAUGUCCAUCUGUCUCUACCAAAACAAUUAGAAGAUGUGUAACAGUCCCUACUAUAAGAAGACGAGGUGAAUAUGAGACAGGUUUACAAUUAACUGGUUUUCCAACCGGUUCAUUUUACACACGUAGUGUGACUCACAGUAAAAGAAAAUGUUAUAAACGCAAUCAAUAUGGUAAAACUCUGAGUUUUUCCAGUUCUUUUAAAAGACAUGAAAAUACUCAUAUGGGAAAGGGAAGUGAUAAAUGUGGGCCACAUAUGAAGGGUUUUAACCAUCACAGGUAUCUUCAAACACACAAAACAACCAAUAAUGAAGAGGAUCUCAAUGAACGUAAUCAAUGUGAUAAAGCCUUCAGACCUGAUUCCUCUUUACAUUUACAACAAAGAACUCAUUUGGAAACAAAAUCCCAUGAAUCUAAUGAAAGGGAUAAAGACUCUGUAUCUCAUAGUCCUCAUCAAGUACCCAGAACUCAUUCUAGAGAGAAAAGGCAUGGACAUCAUCAACAUGGUAAAGCCCGUCCUGGCUGUCUUCAAAGAGAUGAAAGAAUUCAUACUGGAGAGAAACCCUUUGCAUGUAAUCAAUGUGGUAAAGCCUAUGCAUAUAAAAGUCAUCUUCACAGGCAUAAAAGAAGUCAUUCAGGAGAGAAACCCUAUGAAUGUAAUCAAUGUGGUAAAGCCUUUGCACGUAACUGUCAUCUUCAAAUGCAUGAACGAACUCAUACAGGAGAGAAACCGUAUCGAUGUAAGCAAUGUGGUAAAGCCUUUGCACGUAACUGUCAUCUUCAAAUGCAUGAACGAACUCAUACGGGAGAGAAACCAUACCGAUGUAAGCAAUGUGGUAAAACCUUUACACGUAACAGUCAUCUUCACAGGCACGAAAGAGGUCAUACUGGAGAGAAACCAUAUCGAUGUAAGCAAUGUGGUAAAGCCUUUGGACGUAACAGUAAUUGUCAAAGCCAUGAAAGAAAUCAUGCUAAAGAGAAACCUUAUGAGUGUAAUCAAUGUGAUAAAGCCUUUGGACAGAACAGUCAUUUUCAUAGUCAUGAAAGAAGUCUUACUGGACAAAAUUCCCAUGAAUCUAAUCAGUGUGAUAAAACCUUUGCAAAGAACAGUCAUCUAAGUCAUGAAGGAAAUCAUUCUGGAGAUAAACCCUAUGAAUGUAGUCAAUGUGGUAAAGCCUUUGGACGUAGCAGUAAUCUUCAAAGGCAUGAAAGAAGUCAUACUGGAGAGAAACCUUAUAAAUGUAAACAAUGUGGUAAAGCCUUUGCACAGAACAGUCAUCUUCACAGGCAUGAAAUAAGUCACACUGGAGAGAAACCCUAUGAAUGUAAAAAAUGUUGUAAAUCGUUUACACGUAAAAGUGAUCUUCACAGGCAUGAAAGAGGUCAUACUAGAGAGAAACCCAAUUAAUGUAAUUAAUAUUGUAAAGCCAUUGCAUGUAAAAGUAAUCUUCAAUUGCAUGACAGAAGUCAUACUGUAGAGGAACCCUAUGGAUGGAAACAAUGUGGUAGAGACUUUGCAUGUUGCAGCAACUUAGAACACAUGACAGAAUUUACAAUUGUGAAAAACCCCAUGAUGCUAAUAAAUGAGGUAAAGCCUUACACUCCACAUAUAUUUUUCCCACUGAGCUAUCAUACUGGUCCUUGAUUAAGAUUAGUAAAAGCACUCCAUCUUAAAAUAUUGUCUCUUUUUCAAAUUGUAAACAUAGUGUCAUCCAAGAAUAUAGGAAUGUAGGACAGUUUGAAUAAUAAAACUUAUGUACAAAUGAAAAUGGCACUUAUGUUUUCAUCUGCUUAUUAUGAUAAUUUAUUCUGAGUACUAAAUACUUGUUCCUAACACUUUCUCAGAAACACAAAUGAAUGGCAGAGAAUUGUCUCAGUGGCUAAAGGUAGCUACUACUAAGCUUGAUUUCAUUCUCUGGGAGAACAAUAUUCCUCAUAGAAGUUUUUUUUUUAAUACUACACUUGGAUUAUGGCAUACACAUACCAUUACACCAGCACAUGCAUAAAAAUUUUUGAUAAUGAAAUGACUAGGACACCAGCUUAGGAGACUAGCUUGGUAUGGUCUCUAGUACUCACACAGAAGAACUAGAGAAUACACAUCUGUAAGUUGUGCUCUGACUGGUAUAUGCACAUCAUGACACAAGUAUAUACACACAGUUAAAAUUUUUUAAUUGGAUAAAAUUAAAGAAGAAAAAAAUCAACCAAAAUGUUGAGAACAUAGUUGAAGUUAAUACAUGGGAAAAUUUUAAGAAGUAUUAUUGUUCAUGAAAAUAAUGAUGGUUCCUAUUUAAAUCUUAUACUUUCAUUGGCUGAUUCAAAGAUGGGUAAUAUUUAAAACAUAUCUCUGCUGGGCAGAGUGGUGCAUACUUGUA